UUUUACGUUGACGUUGUGUCAAAAUAAUACAUCCAUCCAUUGUUGCUGUGGCGUAGUUAAUGUUAACUAGCUAGCUAGUUUGUGUAACGUUUCAGUCAGUAAAUUUACAUUUUCAUCUUUUUAAGUUUUAAUAAAUUCACCGAAAUACCAGCAGCAGGCUGUUGCUGAAAUGCCAAAUCAAAGAGACAAGGCCACUGAUGAUUCCCCCUCUGACCUCCCCUGUCUGGAAAAACUUGACUCUCCCACAGGGAGCCCACCCACCGUCUCAUUAUCCAGUCUGAUGGAGCUGGAAAAUUGUGUUUCCAACCUGAACCUUGCGCAUGAGAUAGUGCUGAACAAAGACUUCUGCUUCAAACCCAGGAGCCCUCCUACAGACAGCCUGGAAGGCAGAGUGACGGAGAUAGUUCACCGGGCGUUUUGGGACAGUCUUCAAGAGCAGCUGAACAGCGAUCCUCCAAACUACAGCCAUGCUGUCAUUCUGCUGCAGGAAGUCAAGACUAUACUUCAGUCCCUGCUGCUACCCGCUCACGUUAGACUGAGGUCUCAGCUGGACGAGGUGCUGGACAUGGAGCUGAUCCAGCAGGAGGUCGAUCAUGGAGCUCUGGAUCUCCACAGACUGGCGGGAUACAUCAUCAGCACCAUGGCAUCUUUAUGUGCACCUGUGCGAGACCCAGCGGUCAGGGCACUGAGCGACCUCAGGGACCCUGUGGAGCUCCUGAGGGAGAUCUUCCAUGUUUUGGGCCUGAUGAAGACCGACAUGGUUAACUUCACCAUCCAGAGCCUGAGGCCUCACCUGGUGCAGCAGGCCGUGCAGUACGAGAGGGCCAAGUUCCAGCAGAUCCUGGACAAGCAGCCGGCUUCUCUGGACGAUACCACCGCUUGGCUUCAGGCAGCAGCGUCAGAAGAGGCGGCGGCCGCCACAGCUCGGUCUGAGUCUCCCAGUCGUGACAGCCGAGGUCCUGUCAGCGCCACCGCUGUCCUCAACCGGGCCUACAUGAGUCUGCUACACUGGGACGUGCAGGGCCAGAAAUAUCCCGAGACUGUGCUGAUGGACCGAGCCCGCCUGGACGCUCUGGGCCAGCGGCUCCAGAUGCUGGUCCUGGAGGCAUCGGUGCUGCUCCUGACCAAUGCUCAGUGUGGCGGCGCCGUUUUCUCCCUGCAGGGCUUUGUAGGUAAACUCAGGCAGUCCGUCACUGUCCUGCUGGAGGGCAGUCACACCAGGGAAGCUGACCUGAAGGGGGCGCUGCUGGGGCUCGGGGAGACAGUGCUGCAGCUGGUGACCCAAGCUGUGAGCGGCCACGAAGGAGCAAAGCUGCCUCAGGAGAGCCAGGAUCUGCUGAAAGGACAAAUAUCUGAGCUGUGGAAGCACACCAAUCCUGUCCGCACGCUCAUAGGCGAAAGGGUACAGGGCUUCCUCCAGGCAAUGCUGCAGGGCGGCCCCGCUAAAAGGAGUCCAGAGCUGCCCACUCCCCUCAGGCUGGUGAGCGCUGAGCUAGCUGAGCUGGGGACCGCCUUUGGGCAAAUCGUCCACUUCAACCGGACGGUCUUUGGUCCCUUCUACGCACCCAUCCUCAGGAAACUGCUGUUCCCACCAGGAGAGGCCGAGACCGGGGAGGACUCGCGCCAGGCUGAGGGCGAGCCAGACAACCUCCGGUGACUUUAAAAUAAGAUGCCAUUUGCGAUUGAAUGUAUCGCUACAGAGUGUAAAUACUGGGAGCAGGGAAUGUUUUAAGGGAAAGACAUUAAGAUAUUUAUAGUCUGCAGGAAAAAAAAAAUAUAUAUUUUUUUUCAGGUGUUUAAACAAACCCAUCUAACUCAAAGCACGAGGCAGGUACUUAAUUAUUACUGCAUUGGUGCAUCUUAACCACACAUUUGAGUGCACAAACAUUAGGAAAAUUAACAGACUGUGUAAAACAAAAUGAGUAGUAGUUUUCACCCGGACAAGCACAACAAACAGUUUGUAGCGUGUUAAUGAAAAGAGUCAUAACAAGAGAUGGAUUGAGGUUCUGAAAUGUUUCGAGAAGCUCAAUAGCCUGGGAUAAGUAGUUGUUUUUGGUUUUCAGUUUACUUCAUCUCAUGGUAAACACCCUCAGGAAAAAAACAUUAAGUACCAAAGAUUAUGCUAGAUAGUUUGUAAAUAAUACUUAAGUUUUAAUAUGUAGCUGGUUUCUCUUAUUAUUAUGUUGACAUGUGUUUAUUUUGCACAGACAGUGUGCACCUUUUUCUGAAUCAACAAUUUUUGUUUGUUUUAUUUUUUGCACCUUUGAUUAUAAACCAAAACUAUACUUAAUGUUUCCCCUACAGCUGCUGGUCUUAGUGGGAGGUGGUGUACCAAACAGGCGCUUAUUUGUCAAUAAAUAUCAAAUGUAUUCAUUUUCUAUUAUGUUUCAGCAACCUCAAUGAACUCAACUAAACAAUUCAAAAUACAGGUAUCAAAAUUCUGUAAGUAAUCACCAUUUACCUCAAUGUCUUUUAAACAAUAUUCUGGAAAAAACGAUUACUAGAUGCACUUAUAACCGGCUAAACACAAAAGCCAACGUGACAUCAUGACUUUGCGUAAACAUACACGCCACUUUCUAAAGCCAAGGGGCGUGUUAUCUGUACGCAUUUUGAGCUGUCCGCGUGUAUGGCUACAAUGAGGACAUACGUCACGGUAGCUUGCUGUCACGUGACGAUUUGGGAGGUGUCUGAGCCCGCCCACCAUUUUGGGAUCCUACGCUAUCAGUUGCCAGGGGCAACAGUGUAAGAGCAACACAGACACGGAGCAGGAAAGACGGCUCGAGGAAUUAGCAUCACGGCGAACGGGUUGGGUUUAGUAAAAGAAGAAAGCAACGGUUGACUUUAGGAAACGUGACACGCGGGACACGAUCCCCCCGUCUCCUGGGUGAAAGUCCUGCGUUUGACCCAUCCAACACCCCGAUAAACCUCCCUAUGCGGAUUUUCUCCCUUUCAUACUACUCGCUACGGCGUAAAUUCAAACGCAAUUGCAAGGUAAUGUCAGUCAAUGGAGGCCAAACGGCUUUGAUAAACACGCUAAAAAGCGAGUAUGCGUCUUGAUAACACGCCAGUAAUGGCAUACGAAUUGGCGUGUCAUACAGACGCCACUUCAUGAGAUCAGUCUGCAAAACAAACAAAAAAAAAAACUGAAAGCUUAAACAGAACUCUACAGAUUACUCUCUUGAAAACCUGUAAUUUGUGAUUUUCUUUUAUUACUCAAG